AUGGAGGAGAAAAUCCUGAAAGCUGCCAAGCAUAAGAAAAAUCUUACCUACAAAGGGAAAAAUAUCAGGAUGGAUGAAGAUCUUUUAGCUGAAACAUUUCAACCUGUUCUUUUCUUAAGCUCCCAGUUUGGCUUUAUACUUUGUCUCGUGUGGGCUUUUAUUCUUGAAUCUUGGCUGAACUCCUCAGGCUUAACCUAUUGGCCUCAGAAAUACUGGGCAUCUGCGUUACUUGUCUAUCUCCUUAUUACUAUACUAAUUGGUUAUGUACUUUUGUUUAGAAUUAAUAUGAUGAGAACCUUUCCACUCAAAUCCAUUCAUACAAUCACAGAUAAUUAUGAUAAAAAUCAACAGCAGAAGAAAUACCAAGAAGAGGCCAUUCCAGCAUUAAGAAAUAUUCCUAUUAGUGAAGUAAAACAAAUGUUCUUUCUUGCAGCCAAAGAACUUUACACCAAAAGCUAAAUUGUAACACCAAGCAUUUACUUG